AUAGUGGUCAUUUAUGCAUGUGUUUGGCUAUAAUUAAUCGUGGACUUCAAUGGUAUCUAGAAGAUAUUCAAGAUAGAGAUGAUCAAAAUAAUUUGCAAUAUGAAUUUAUAGAAAUAGAAACACAAUUCCAACAAGAUAGUAAUGGUAAUCACGAAUUAUUAGUAGCCGAUUUACAUAUUCUUAAUCAACUUAGAGCAUCAGAUACAUUCACAGCUGAUGUUAAACAACGCGUACAAAGAAAAGAAAAAUAUGCAUAUGGAAUUCCUUUACACACCUAUGAUGUUAGCAAUCAUAGACAAGAUAAUGAUCAUAUAGCACUUGAUGAUAUAGGCAAAAAUACAA